UUGGCAUCUUCUAGGAGUUUGGAGGUGGACCUGGGAGGGACCAGGAGAGGUAUAAAAGCCAGGGAGAGGAACAGCCUCUCUUCACCUUGCCACGGGAAAGGACCAGGAAAGCACCCCUGAGGACCCCUCACCUGCCAGCAGCUGUAUCACCACCACCACCACCACCACGCAAAGAUGAACCCCAAACUCAUCUGCUCUGGCUGGUUCUUUCUGCUUCUGCUCCUCACUCACAACCAAGGGAAAGCCAAGCCCAUGGCCAAUGUACAGGCCCUGUCUAAAUGGUUAGAUGAGGAUCUGGAGCAGCCGCUGGGGUCCGAGGAAACGGAACAGGAGCAGGAGUCGUCUCUCCUGACAGGGGCUUUGGAACAAGAUGGCCCUCCCUUCCAGUGGUCCAGGACCCCCGGGGAGGGGAUGCCCCUGUCAGAAAGCUCUUUCCAGCGGCUCUUCCGUGACCUCCUGGGGUCCUCCCGGAGGUACCGAGGCAGGAGCAAAAAGGGGCUCUCCCGGGGAUGCUUUGGCGUGAAGCUGGACCGAAUUGGGACCCUGAGCGGGCUGGGAUGCUAAACGCGGACCGUGACGGAUAAUGCCUUCAAGACCCACUGCCUUCCAGUGUGACCAUCCAUCCGUUCAUUCAGGCCUCCAUUCAAUCACGGUAGACAUCGUGCCAAACGAAUCCCUUAAAGCCCUCCUCCUAAUGCCAGCUCUAUCCGAACUGAUCUGUAAGGACUAGUUCACACAUGCAAGUUAGGAUAAUUGGGAGUCAGUUCAGGAAAGACAAAAAGUUCCUAUUUAUAUAAACACACAGAACAUCACCAGAAGUGGCAACGCCACCUUUAUGCUUCGAUGGCGGAUAAAAAUGAAUUAGACAAAUUCAUGGAGGAUGGAGGUCGCCAUCCAUUGGCGAGCCUCCACUUGCAGAGACAGUAUGCCUCAAUCUCAGGUGAUGUGGGCAAACGACAACUAAAGGCUCUACCCACUUUCUUCUGCUUGGGGGCCUCCCAGGAGCAUUUGGCUGUCCACUGCAGAAAGCAGGAUGUUGGAAUAAAACAUUCUGGCCGAGAACAGGCAAUUCUAAUGACUUGCAUGUGUGAAUAAGCCAGACACAGAUCACAGGCAAAACGUCCAGGUCACCUCACAAACUGCAAUGCCAUUUCUCAUAUUCGCUUCAAGUCCACCAACUGCUGAGGAAACCCAAGAGAGGAAGCAAAAUCGAUGCGUGCAGGCCAGCUUGAAGAAACAGGCUUACUGUUAACCCCAGUGGGUUAAUUUAGAAGGAAUUGCAUCCAUUUGUACUGGGUUCGGCUGCCAUGUGUAACCCGUCGAUCUCCUUGUCAACCCCUCUGUGCAAACCAUCUUCCAAUAAAUAUGUUUUCAUCAUUUGUUCA